CGCUAUUUCAGCCAUUGUUUAUUAUGGCCUCCCCUCCCGCGCACACCCACACACACCCACUUAACCGUUGCACACACGCACAACAGCAGGUAGACGUGUUUUUCAACCGUUUUGUGUGCAAAGUACGAGGUUUCUGCUCUUAGAAGCAUUUUCCGCGCGUCUCAACACCUCCUGAGUCCGUUCCCGCCUUUUCGUGCGCAUUCUGCCUUGAAUUUCGCCGUCGCUGCUUUUUGUGCCUCGUUUUGCACUGAAUCGUAGACGUCGACGUUUUCAGCAAUCCACUGCCCGUCGGAAUUGUUUGUUUUCUCUAAAAACCCGUCGUGUAACGCGUAGGUUUUCCUUUUCUUGGCGACCCAUUGCUGUGACACUGUUUGUGUGCCCGCAUCGCCAGCACCACGCGUGUCUGUGAGGUUCUGCGUACUCGUGCCGUGACCACACACGUCCUCCACUCCGUGUCCCACGUCGUUUUCGUUUUUUUCUCCUUCUCGGUUUCUGUGUUCUUUCUCUUCUUUCCUCCUUUACCCCUCUCCGCCUUUUCCUUUUCCGUUUUCGCGUUUUUUUCGCUCCCUUGUGUACUGUUGCAGCUGCGUGAACUGACACUUUGCAACAUUUUCACGAACGAGCAUAUGCAAGUGCUGACGCGCCGUGUGUUUGUCCGUUCUUGCCUUUUCGCACAUCUCUGAGUGAGUCCCAAGUGCGUAUACGCGUGUUUAUGAACAUAAGAAGAGCGUCUUGUGUGCGUGUGUGUCUUUUCGUGUUUGGAAUUGACUUUUGUCUCGCAACUUCCCACUUUUCCAUACUCCUAAACUCCUAAUCGCUCGCUCUUCCAUCCUCCCGCCGUGUAACACGACCAACUCGACCUUUUUCCCUUUUUUCGUCUUCUUUCGUCUUUUCCUCUUUCUGUACUUUCUCUCUCACUCACACACACUCUCUCUCUCUCACUCUUUACGCACACAAUCAUGGCGAAAGCUACGCAAGCUUCUUCGCCCGCCCCCCAGCCGUCGCCUACUGGCCCUCCUGGCGCCUUCCAUCCUGCCCAAACGAACUCUACGGGUCUCAAUGGACCGAUGGUUGGUUCUAUGUCGGUCCAGCAGCAGCAGCAGCAACAACAGCAACAGGCCGGUAUGGUCCAAAACGGUGGUUCUGUGAUGGCACAGCCUCCCAGUCCCCGGACAGUACCGUACGGCUCCGGUCCCGGCGUCCCAGGACCCAUGCAGCACUAUGGCUCUCCUGCCAUGUCGAUGCAGGUGCACCAAAAGCACCUCUCUCAGGGCCAGCCCCAGCAGCACUAUGCCAUGGCUUCUCCUCGCAUGCAUCAGGACCAGCAACAGCAGCAGGCUCAGCAGCAGCAACAAGGUGCUCCACAACAGCAGCAGAUUCAACAGCUUCAGAACCCCAUGGGUGCCGCUGCGUACCAGUCAAUCAUGCACCCGUACUCCCAGCCUGCCAUGGUUCAGCCUGGAGCACAGUCUGUCGUGGGCGCCCCCUACUACCAAACUACCGUGAAUCCCCAAACCCAUCAACUUGUUCAUCACGUCCAUCCCGCUGCAAACCCGGCCGCCCCGGGUAUGCAUUCUUUUCCUGGUGCCCAGGCCCCUGCUCUCCCUUCACACCUGCGUCCACAACAACAGCAACCAAACCAACAGGUUUCUCAACAGCCACAGCAGCAGCAGCAACAACAGCAACAGCAACAGGCUGCUUCUCAGCAAGUUUCGGUGCAAGGUCUCCAGCGCCAAGUGCAGGCUGUUCCCCUUGUACAUAAUGGUGUGAAUGGUGCCGGCGUUGUGCAGGGUGUCUCCUACGUACCUGUGGCUCCGACGCAACCAAAUCCUGCUGCCAUGGUUGCCGGCGUAAAGCCGCCAGACGGCACGAAUGUCGUGGCUGCUGCUGCUACCGCAACCAACCCCAACGCGGGUUUCAAGCCUCAAGGGGCCUUGAUGCCUCCGCCUUCUGUAAAUCCCGUCACCGGUGGUCCUUCCAUACUUCCUUCAGACGCCCCAGCGGCUUUCCACAAGCUGCUUACGCUCAACGAGGAAACUUGGAUUCAAGUCGGUCGUUUGGCCGAGCUCAUGAAUGACAUGGACAAGGCUUUGCUCGCGUAUGAGUCUGCUCUUCGGCACAACCCGUACUCUAUCCCGGCAAUGCUCCAAAUUGCCAUGAUCCUCAGGACUCGCGAGCAGUAUCCGCUCGCCAUUGAGUACUUCCAAAACAUACUCAAUAUCGACCCCAAAAACGGAGACAUCUGGAGUGCACUCGGCCACUGCUACCUUAUGCACGAUGAUCUUGUCCGUGCUUACCAGGCUUAUCAACAGGCUCUUUACCAUCUCAAGGAUCCCAAAGAUCCGAAGCUUUGGUACGGAAUCGGCAUACUGUACGAUCGCUAUGGCUCGCAUGAGCAUGCUGAAGAGGCAUUUGCUCAGUGUUUGCGUGUAGAUCCGAAUUUUGAAAAAGCAAACGAAAUUUAUUUCCGGCUUGGUAUUAUCUACAAGCAGCAACGCAAGUUUGCCCAAUCACUGGAGUGUUUCCGGUACAUUCUCGACAAGCCUCCAAAGCCCCUCACUGUUCUCGAUAUUUAUUUCCAGAUUGGACAUGUGUACGAACAACAAAAGGAAUACAAGCUUGCCAAGGAGGCCUACGAGCGUGUUCUCGCCCACACUCCCAACCACGCAAAGGUUCUCCAGCAGCUUGGUUGGCUGUGUCAUCAACAGUCGCCUUCUUUCUCCAAUCAGGAAUUGGCCAUUCAGUAUCUUACAAAAUCGCUUGAAGCAGAUUCCAACGACGCGCAGUCUUGGUAUCUCAUUGGACGCUGUUUCGUCGCCCAACAAAAAUACAACAAGGCAUAUGAGGCCUACCAACAAGCCGUUUACCGUGACGGACGCAAUCCAACAUUUUGGUGCUCUAUUGGUGUUUUGUAUUACCAGAUUAAUCAGUACCAAGACGCUCUGGAUGCGUAUUCACGCGCUAUUCGUUUGAAUCCUUACAUCUCCGAGGUUUGGUAUGAUCUGGGCACGCUUUAUGAAAGCUGCCACAACCAGAUCGGCGAUGCUCUGGAUGCUUACCAGCGCGCCGCUGAACUGGAUCCCGGCAACCCUCACAUCAAGGCACGCUUGCAAUACCUGCAGGGUGCUCAGAGUGAACAGCAGCGUGCUGUAGCUGCUCAAAAUCAAAAUGCUCAAAACCGUAACGAGCAAGACCAUAAACAACCGCAAGUGGCCAUGAAUCAAAACAUAUAUCCGAAUGUCAUCUCAGGCGGUAACCCUCACUGGCAGGUUCAACAUCAACAGGCACCCAAUGUUUAUCCUCAUCAGCCUGUUCAUUAUGCUGGAGUUCCUCCACAAGCUCAGCAGGCACAAGUUGAUGCAUCGUUGCAGCAGCAGCAGCAGCAGCAGCAACAACAACAACAACAACAACAGCACCAGGUUGCUCAGAUGGUAACACGUUCACCUCGCGGUACUUACCAUUACAUUAAUAGCGCUCCCACACCGGCUGAUGUCAACCGUAUGUCGAAAAGUGGUCCUUCGCAAACGUAUCCUGGUGCCAUAGCACAACCGUCUGCGAUUGUCCAGGCGCCCGGUCAACCUUUAACGCCUGGCUCAGUAAUGUCUCCGUCAAACGAAGCCAGUAUUUCACCUCAUACAAAAGCACCUGGUCCCGAAGCCGGUGACGCUGAGCAACGUCAAGAUGUUCCUAAAAACUGGCAGCCUAGUACAGAGAGAGGCUCAAUCUCUGGACCCAAAUCCGCUCGUGGAAGCACGAGUGGCCGUCCACGGGGUGUCUCUUCUCGCCGGUCUAGUUUGGCUAAUACUACGGAUAAUGCCUCGACGAUGCCUUCUUCUCAACCCCAAAAGGAGCCUGAGAACAACGAGCUUCCUGCAAUUCUGCCGGCCAAACGGUCCGCUUCUGAAAAGUCUUCAAAUGCCCCAGAUUCACCCCAACAAUAUGAGAAUGUAAAACGGCCGAAGAAUUCUGCUACCAAUGAACAACAGCGUCAACAAGAGCCUGUCCAUACACAACAAGCUGAUCACAAUGCUGUCAGCCAAGCCCAAGCGCCCGUCGCAGCCAUGUCUGAGCCUACGACGACGUACCCCUCUGUCCAAAAUGCUGUAUUUUCAAAUGAGAAUCCAGUUUCUGCAACCCCGCCGGCCGAGGACGCAGGAACCUCGUCCAGAGAAGCGCAAUCUGGUGGCGCGCAUGAAAUAAACGCCUUCAAAUCGUCUGGAACAAAGGGCGAGACAGCUGAUUCAAACCCUAAUUCCACUCGAACCGAUAAUAAAAACAGCGAACAGAAGCAGGCCCUUCAACAAGGUGCUCGGACGCUGGGUGUUGAUGAAAAUUACGAUGAAGAUGAAAACGAAAGAGAAGAAGAAAGCCGAAACUAGUAUCUCUAUUCACUUCUUUCUUAACGUUUUUUGACUCUUAUGUAUGCUUGAUGUGUAUAACUUUGAAUGAUUUUGGGAGUUUCAUCAUGGGAUCUACUUUUGCUUUUCUCGUUGUUUACCUCACUCUUUCUGUAGAUAGCAUAAUGAUUAUAUUAGCUCGACUAAAAGGAUGCGUUCGUUAUUUUAUGUUAUAAUUGUGCCUUGCCUGCCUAAUAUUGAACUACUUAUUGGCCUAUUA